AUGCCGCGCCACUUUCAAUUUCUUGAUCUUCCAAGAGAAAUUAGAGAGAUAAUUUACGAAGCAUUGUUAUGCAACUGGGAGCUCAACCACACACGAGAGCGCGCCUACCUGAGCACCCGCUUCGACAACCCCACAGCAAUCUUACGACUCAACCAUCAGAUUUACAGCGAGGCAUUUGACUACCUCGUGAAACACAAUCAAUUUAUCAGUGUAGACUGUGAUGGCAUUAGCAUCCGUUCUGACCCCCUCGGCCGCCAGAUCCUCGCAGUGACAGAGGACCCCAAGAAGAUCGGCCAGUUCAACGGCUACGUCGCUCGCAUCAAGUGGUCUACAAACAAGGAUCCUCUGCAGAAGAUUCGACGAAAACAGUACAUGGUCCUCGGACGACAACUUCCCGACCUCCUCAAAUGCACAGACUACCACGUCAUGACUCAAUGGCCAGCCAUCACUAUGACCAUCGCCAUCAACCCCAUCCGUACUUCCAGGACGGAUCUUACCACCCCUUCCCUCCGCCCUUUCCAGAUAUCCCUCCUCCACAUCAUUCCUACGCUCCUCCACGCCUUCCCGGGCCUCACCAUCGAAGGCACUGCCGUCCCCAGAAGACUCGCUGGCCACAUCAUUCGCGAGACUGCUCGGCCCCGCUGGAUGACGCCCGCUGCUGCGCUCGCGGAUCUUCUCUGGUUCAAGCACAACAACGAUCGCCUCGCAAACGAAGCGUACUACCUUUCCACCAACACCGCCAUUGAAUGCGGGCUCAAGACAAUCGACUACAUGCGCGCGUCGCCCGGCUGGCCGGAAUUGAUACUUGCUGGCGGUCGGUCGUUCGUCAAUGCAGUUGCUGAGCUCGCAUUUGAGUUACGAGUUGCAAGGGCGCAGCGCGCGCUCGAUGCUAUGGAGCGCUCCCAAUCUCGCAGAAACCUGGUAGAGGAAUUCUCAGAGCAUGUCAAUGCUGAUCUAGCCAAAUGUCUUCCGCCAGUUCCAUCGGAUGGCGACGAAGCCUUCUGGGAGCCCAACCAGGAGCAGGUCGCUGUGGUCUUGUGUAUGCAUGCCAGGAAGCAUCGGUUGCUCCUUGAUGUGGAGAGUCGUGAUGCUGCGGUGGGAUUGGUGGAGCGGGCGCUGCAAAUGGUUCCUGAUAACGAGGCGGUGAGGCGAGAGAGCAUUGCGGUGGCGGCGUGGUCGAGGCGUGUCGAUAGGUAUAUCAACGAGGUUUGGGUGUCGAGUAGUGGAGCGAUGGAGGAAAUGUGGCAAUGGUGGGAGCAAGAAGUAGAGUUAUGA